CACAACUAAUUUUCAUGGACGUUUCAUUUGAACGAUCCUUAUAGUACAAACCAGAAUACCUCCUGAAAACCUUCUGAAGAUCACGAAAUGUUGAGUCACAUAUUUAUGUUUUGCCUAGACGACGUAUGAAAUUCAACAUGAUAAACAGCGUCAGUAGUGAAAGUCAACAGCAGCAAAUAGUCUGCAACAGUGAAGAAAAUGGCAAUAAUAAUCAAAAGUUUUUCGUCAACAAUAAUACGGCAUCAGUAAACCGGAAUUACUUUUUAAAUAGUCAUCAAACUAAAACUACUUAUUCGAGUGGACUUGCAUUACAGAAAAGUAUAAAUUUGUACAACUUAUUUGCUAAUAAUGAUGGACGUGAUUCAUCCAAAGAAUUCAACGCGGUUUAUAGUGCCGCUGAAAGUAUAACCGUCCAAAAAGAUUUCUUGAAUGAAUCAGUUAAAACGAAGUCUAUUAUUAUCUCUAACACGUCGAAUAUAAAUUCAGCAAAUGAACUAAAAUUAAGUGGCAACGAUUCGUUUUCUGAGGAUAAUCUUGUGUCUGAAGACAAUCUCGCUGAAAUAUACAGUUGCAAUGUGAAGUCAGGAUUUGAAAUAAGUGGUGGCGAAAAGCGAUCGUUUGAAAAUUCUUUUACACCUGAUCACCGCGCAAGACGUCCGAUGAAUGCAUUUCUCAUCUUUUGCAAACGUCAUCGAGCAAUCGUGAAGGAUAAACACCCAAAUUUGGAAAACAGGUCCAUAACCAAAAUACUUGGAGAUUGGUGGACUACUUUAGAGAAUGAACAGAAGUCGAGCUACAUAAGUCUUGCCAAGCAGUAUAAGGAUGCAUUUUUUACCGCUCAUCCCGAUUUCAAAUGGUAUAAAUUGCCAGCUCCACCCGUACGUUUUCAGGGAAAAUCUGUCCAAGCCGAACCAACGUUAAGUUUCGGUUUGGAAUCUUUAGACGACAUUGAUAGCGCAAGGAAAGAUGUGCAUAUAAAGUUCGAGGAACGUGCCAAUCGUAACAAAGGUGCAAAUUAUCCCCAGGGUGUGUUUAUCACAUCUGAUUCUAAAUUCAUAUAUGAUGAACUAAAUGUAAAAAAUUCAAAGAAAGAAGACUCGCAGAUAGGAUUUUUCAAGUUAGCUGAUACCGCUCAUAUGGGUGGUUUGAAAAGUUUGAUGUCGGAUUCAUACAAUAAAACUAUUGACCAGACUGCAGACAAACAUUUCACAACUCACGCGCCAAUCAUCGAAGAUCUAGCAUGCAUUUCACACUACAUCUAAAUUUAGUUCCCCGAUAUCAUCUGCUUCAAUUGUUUGGACAAACCGAAGAACGCUUAAAAAUGAAAAAAAACCUAUCGAUCAUGGUCAAACUGGAUAGGAGAUUUAACGCCAACUAUCAUUGGAUUGUAUGCAAUCGGAUGAGCCAUCAAAUUUAUCGUAGACACGGUAAUGCAUGGAAGAUUUUCGUAUGACAUUUAUGGUCUUGGAUGGCAAUUACUAGCUGCAUUUUGGACAGGGAAUCAUCAAACGAUAGAUCAUCAUCACCAGCACUUUAUAGAGGACAAUUUUACCCUAAUAUUUCAACAGUGUAAAUAUUGCAAUAGUUUUUAUUUAAUAUAAUGGGUGAAGUCAUGAAUUAUGAAUUGAAAAUUAUGUGUGAACUAUUAUUAUGUAACAUUAACAGUAAUCGUUGCUUGUUUUAAAUAUUUUGUAAAUUAUAUCAAUUUACAGAGGCCGGGAUGUUACGGCGCGACGAUCCUACAGAUUAAUAGCUGCCGCGGUGCAAGUGAGUUAGACAUUGCCAGCCAUCAGCUGGGCAUGUGCGAAGCGACUCAGUGAUCAGCUGGGCACAUGAAAGAAAAGGAGAUAGUAGCGCAAGCACGUGCUGGUCGAUAGCGACGCACGCGCAAGAAUACUUGAAGUAACGAGCAUGCGAGUGCAGCAUUUUUUAGAAGGAUCUCUGCGAGAGGUCCAGAUUUUCUAGGCUAGGAAUUAGUAUAUAAGGCCCAAAAGUGUAAAUAAAAGCAGAAGUUUUCGGAAAUCCAAA